AUGUCCACAGAAAUCAAGAAUGUUAUGAUCGUCGGGGGUACAGGCAACCUCGGCCCAUACCUCGUCCGAUCCCUCCUCAAAGCCAGCUUCACCGUCUCCGUCCUCAGCCGCUCCUCUGCCCGCAACGCGAACUUACUAGGCGCCACCAUCGUCAAAUCUGACUACACCUACGGCUCCCUCGUCGACGUCUUCACCGGCCAAGACGCCGUCGUAUCCGCCCUCUCCACCGCCGACGUCGCCGAGCAAAAGACCAUUGUCGAUGCUGUCGCUGCCGCCAAGGUGAAACGCUUCUUCCCGAGCGAGUAUGGCAUUGACACUUCUGUCGAGGGGCUUGAGGACUCGGCUGCGUUCCUGAAGGGGAAGCAGGAUGUGAUGGAUCAUGUCAAGUCGAAAGAAGUGGAAGGGCUGUCGUGGACGGCUAUCUUUGUGGGUUCGUUUAUUGACUGGAUGCUAGUCGAGGGUCAAGGCUUGCUCUGCCUGGACGUCAGAGCCAUGACCGGCGAGCUUGUCGACUCCGGCAACCCGAAGUUCACCACCACGACCACUUCCCAAGUUGGCGAAGCGGUCGCUGCUGCCUUGGUUCACUCUGACAAGACCAAGAAUCAGUAUGUCUACGUAUCGUCUUUCAACACUACACAGAACGAAGUCAUCGAAGCUGUUGAGAGAAUCUCUGGCCGAAACUUCACGCUCGACAAGGUAGGAGGUAAAGCGCUGUAUGACCGCGGGACGAAGCAUGUUGAGGAGGGUCAAUGGGUCAAGGGGUACUAUGAACUUGCUAGUGCAGUGACGUACAAUGAUGCACCGAUGACAUAUUUUCCUGAGAAGGCGGCGCACUGGAUGCAAGAGCUGGGCUUGGUUCAGGAAGAGACUUUCGAUGAGGUGAUCAGUCGGGUGUUGAAGACUGUUCAGACAUGA